AUGAUGUCAGAUACAUAUCAAAGAAUUCAAGCUCAAUCCGAUAAGGAGUGGAAAUUUGGUCGUGCAAUACUAAUUCGACAAAUGAACAAAAGAAGCGCCACUCCAUCCCCAAUCAACAUGCUCACUAAACUUUUCGUGGUUUUAAAAGUAGCGUUUCGGAAUCGCUUGCGGGUAUGUACUCAAAAAGCUCAGCAGGACUUGCGGUUCGAGGAGAAUAUCGAUGCGUUCUCAAUGGGUGGCGGUCAUCAGGGGAGAACAAGUCCCACCAUGAGAGAGGAUGGGACAGAUUUGAGAGGAGAGGGUGCAGAAUUGGGAGCAAGUUCGGACUGGAGUAUCGAGACAGUGAUCGACUGGAAGAGAAUUGUGUCGAUGUAUUACCAGAUGAACGGCAAGACGAACGAUACUGAAGAAGUCGAAGAACAACCGCAUUAA